UGCUCAUGAAUUGACAGUCCAUGGUGUAUAAUAACCUUAUAAUAAUUAACAUCGCGACGGAAGAAUAACUUCAUUUACUAUAUUUGAUUUUAUAGUGAAGUUACUAAUUUUACUACUUGCUAUUCAGUUAAUUCCCAAAUAUAAAAAUUGUGAUUUUAUAUUUUCAUUUGACGUUAUUGGUUUAUGUAUGAAUUUAGUGAUUUGACUGACUUGUAAGAUGUAUCGUGGUAAUCGAAAACAUUCAGCCGGCAGACGUAGAUUUGGAGAAACUAAGAAAAAACCAUUCGUUACAAACAAAAAUAUUAGUAAUAAAUUUACCAAUGAUCCAGGAAAAAGAUUAAGUGAAUCAGCUGUAGGUAUUACUGAAUACAUAAGCGACUUGCCUGGCUUUAGUGGAAUAAUUAAAGCAAGAUAUUCAGAUUUUCAUGUAAAUGAAAUAGAUCUCUCUGGAGCAAUUACUAAAUUGACUGAUAUUGAAUCUCCACCAACUCCGCCUCAGUGCAGUCAAAAUAGUAGUAACGCUAAUCAAUUAGAAGAUGAUGUCAACAAUCCCCAUAAAUAUGAUAUUGAGAUAUUACCAUUGGAAACAUGGAAAGAAAUUGAAGAAAUUAUAAAAUCUGAUGAUAAACGUAUUGUAAAAGUUGAUGCAUGUUUGAUAACCAAAGAAGAUCGAACAAAAAUAUAUGGUGCAGUCAAACAAAAAUUUGGGAGCGCUGUUGUUGGCAGUACACUGAAUGAGGCUGAUAAAAAAUAUAUAACAUUUGCAAAGUUUAAUAAAUCUGUUCGUAUUGACAAUCGUGAAAAGUGGCUCUGGCCUGGAGAGUGGGUACAUUUUUUACUUCAUAAAUUUAAUCUUGAUACGAUGCAGGCAGCUGCUGAGUUAGCGCAAGGUUUACAAAUGAAACCUGGAAAUAUAACUUAUGCUGGAACAAAAGAUCGUAGAGGUAAAACCACACAAUGGUUUUGCGUUAAGAAAGUACAACCUCGGCGUUUGUUAACAGCUUGCAAGUUUGCAAAAAACAUUGCUAUAGGUAAUUUCACAUUUAAAGAUCACGCUUUAAAACUUGGACAAUUAAAAGGAAAUAGAUUCAGAAUUGUUCUUAGAAACAUUGUUGGUGAUAUUGAAGUUAUAGAUAAGGCUUUAGAGAGCUUGAAGAAUAAUGGGUUCAUAAAUUACUAUGGGCUUCAAAGAUUUGGAAGCUGUGUAGAAGUUCCUACUUAUGCUAUUGGCUUGGCUUUGCUUAAAAGUAACUGGAAAGAGGCUAUAGAUCUUAUUCUCCAACCUCGUCAAGAUGAAAGUGAUUAUCAAAUGCAGCUUGCAAGGAAAGAAUGGAUGGAGACCAGAAAUCCAAUUACUGCUUUAAAUGAGUUAUGCCGUCAUAAAAGCACUGUAGAGUACAAACUCUUAUUUGGUUUAUCAAAAUGCAACAAGAAUGAUUAUGUUACAGCUUUAGAAUACAUACCUAGAAAUAUGAGAUUACUUUAUUUGCAUUCCUAUCAAAGUUUUGUUUGGAAUAAGUUGGUUUCAAGGCGAGUUCGUGAAGGUGGUUUGAAACCUCUGGUAGGGGAUUUAGUUUUCAUUAAUGAUAAAGAAAUAGAAGAAGUAACUGAUGAUUUAUUAUCAAUAAUUGAAGAAAACGAUUUAGGUGAGCCAUCUCAAAAUGAGAAAAUAGAAAAUAAUGAUAAAAUUGAAAAGGAUCAAAAACUACAAGUUAGGGCAUUGACAAAAGAUGAUAUAGAUUCUGGACAAUUUUCUAUAUUUGAUGUAGUAAUGCCACUACCUGGUUUUGAUGUACUUUAUCCGAAUAAUGAGUUGGCAAUUUGGUAUAAAGACAUGCUUGUUGAAGAUGGUUUAUCUAUAGAUUCUAUGAGAAACAAAGUCAAGUGUUACUCAUUGUCUGGAUCAUAUAGAAAAAUAAUAUCUAAACCAGAAAGUAUUGUUUGGGAGGUAGCAUUUUAUGAUGAUCCUAAUGAAAACUUAAUAUUGUCAGACUUAGAGGAACUUAAAGGCGAAAAAAUAGCUAAAAAGAAUAAUGGCAAGUAUAAGGCAUUACUAUUAGACUUUUGUUUGAAUUCAUCAACAUAUGCUACAAUGGCACUUCGGGAAUUAUUAAAAGGCGAUACAUCAUCAGAGAGUCAAGCUAAAUUAAAUUGUUAUCACACAUCUAUUGAAAAUAAUGAUUUACAAGUGACCAAGGAAAUUCCUGAAGAAAAACAUGAACCUAGCGCUUCCAAAAGAGAAAAUGAAGAUGUGGGGGAUGAAAUUGCAUCCAAGAAAUUGAAGUCAGAGUAA